UACAUUGUUUUCUAAAAAAGAUUUAAUGCAAGUUAUUAAAAGAAGAUUGUUCUGACGAGGCUGUGGGAAUAUGUCCGGAAAAGGUCGAGGUUCCCCUGGGCGAGGUCGAGGCUCUACAACCCCUGGAAGAAGGGGUAGGUCUUUUUCCCCUGCAUUGAGGCAAGGGGUUCUCGCGGUUGGUAAAGGCUCUAACCCUGGAAGGGGGCGAUCUCCGGGAAUUAAAGGGCCAGGUUUAGGAUCUCCGGGAAUUAAAGGGUCAGGUUUAGGAUCUCCGGGAAUUAAAGGGCCAGGUUUAGGAUCCCCCGUAACAAACACUCCUGGAAGGGGACAAUGUUCUGAUACUCCUGACAGGAGAAUUUCCGGAAGAGGACUGAAGGCUGAAUCUUCUGAACUUCGAAAACCUGAAAGGGGGUGUAGUUCUGGACCUAUAGAAUCAGGAACUCCUGGAAGGGGGCGAAGUUCCGGAUCUACAGAAUCAGAAACUUCUGGAAUUGGGCGAAGUGUCAUUUCUACAGAAUCUGGAACCCCUGGAAAGGGGCGUGGAUCGAAACCUCCUGAAAGGGGAACUUCUACCAGGGGACGAGGUUAUGAAACUACUGCUAGGGGACGAGGUCAAAAAGAUUGGACAGGAUCCCCUGGAACAACUAAAAGAGGUUCAACAACUCCAGACACAGCACAAGGUACAAUGAGGGGAUCAAGGAGAGAAAUUGUGAUUACUCCCCCUAGAGUAGGCGCCACACCUCCAUCUGUUGGUAGAAAAAGAAAACUAUCUUCUUCUUCCACCUCGUCAGCUGUUAGUGAGCCUUGUUCCGGAAGUAGAAGAGGAAGAACCGGAAGUAGAAGGAGGAGUUCAACCACAGAAACUACUGCUGAGGCCCAGGAUUUUGAUGCACCGGAACCGAAACUAAUACCUAGAACUGAAAUUCAAGCAAUCAAUUGUUUGACCCCUGGUACUCCUGUUAUUCCAGCAGUUCUGGUCAGCAUACAGAAUAAUCCAAUAGAGGUGACAGACACAGACAAUUCUGCUACAGAUGUCGAACAAGAAAUAAUGGAUUAUGCAAAGAAGGAAGAAUUCUUGGAGGACGAAGAAAUAUCCUUUAAAACCUCCGGGACCCAGGCCUCCGAAACUAAAGAUAGAACCUGCGAAACUAAAGAUAGGACCCCCGAAACUAUAGAUAGGACCUCCGAGUCCCAGUGUUGGACCUCCAAUACCCUAGACGGGACCUCUGAAACUGAAAACGUUACAAGCAAGAUAGAUCUAAGCUCCAGGGUUAAAUCCCUCAAAAGAAAAUCAAGGAGUUCUGUACUACAAACAGAGGAGCAGGAUACUGUAAGGAGUUCUGUACUACAAACAGAGGAGCAGGAUACUGUAAGGAGUUCUGUACUACAAACAGAGGAGCAGGAUACUGAAUCUCUCAAAGAAAUUAGUCAAAUCGAAGGAAAGAGUUCUGCUGAGAAGAGGAGUACACUAGACGACGACGAUGUUCAGUGUAAAGUCUGUAGAGAAAUUAUGACGUCAGCUGUACUGCUCCCUUGCUGUGCAGUUGCAGCUUGUAACAUAUGUGCCCAGAAGUAUUUGACUGAGAAUGAGCAUGUUUGUCCGCUGUGCAAGGAAGCUAAUCAGUCACUAGAAGAUAAAAUUCCAACUAUAGGAGUUACUUUCAAGGUUGCGAAACUCGGAGAACAGGAGUCGAUUGCUUCCAAUGUCGAGGUUAAUGGUAGUGUUGAGCUGUCCAACCUGGAGAGGAUGGCCUCGAAGUACAAGGAUAUUAUUCAUCAAUUAACAUCAGAAAAUAAAGAUCUGAAGAAACAGAAGGAGAAGAAUGAAUCUGCACUGAAGAAAUUAUCUGAUGGUCACAGUCGUACUCAAAUUGAGCUGAUAGGAAAUAAGAAACUGUUAGAGGAAGUUAAGACUACAUCAGCCACCGAGUCAAGUUUAUUGAAAGAUCAGAUUCAAAGUCUGAAGAAAGAUAACACAGAGCAGAAGGAGUUGUAUGAGAAACAAUUAAGGUCAAAUGAAGAACAAUCCGACGAGAUUAAGAAGUUCAAAGAACAGUCUGAAACAGAAGCAGCUGAACAUAAGAAGACUGUUGAUAUGCUUUCAAUGAAAAUUCAAACUCUCGAGAAGAACUGCGAGGCAUAUGAAGUUCAAAUGGAGAAGGAUCAAAGCCAAAUUUCACAAUUACUUACUAAGGUCAAGAGAAAGAUCAUUAGUGUUAAAGAAAAGGAAAAGGAUGUUCUGAAACGUGUUAAAAUCCUUGAAUCUGAAAAUAUUGACCUUAAGAAGACCCAGAAUGAGAUGGAGGAUCUGAAAAGGAAGCAGAUUAAAAUAUUUUUAGACAAGAUCAAGCUAACAUCUGAGAAGUUGUCUGUUGAGAAGACUAAGGUUGCAGAUUUAGAAAAGAAGAAUGAAACAGUAAGGUUGGGAUAUUCUGGAUUAAAAGCGAAGAUGGAAGGAUUAGAAUCUAUAGAGUAUGACACUGAACUGUACGACAGAGUCGGGAAUGUUUACGAGGAAUUAGAAAAAAUAAAGGAAGAGAACCAAAAACUGAAAAAUACUUUGGAGAAUAAUUCAAUUGAUCCAAAACGAAGUACCCCCAAGGAAAUUGAUCAAUUGGAAUCAUCAUUGAGUCAGCAUGAGGCAAAAAUUCAUCUAUUGGAAGGAGAAAUUCUCCCGUUAGAGAAUAAGAACAAACAGUUGAUAUCCGUAAACAGUACUUUAAAUGCAAAUAUGGCAGAAAAUGAGACAAAAAUCAGCAGACUUUUGGAACAUAGAGAAGAAACGGUUGAGACCAAUGAUUAUCUGAAAACUAGGUUAGAUUCAGGAUCAACAGAGCUCAGGAAAGACACCGAAGUGGAAAGAAUGAACCUGCUUAUUCAGACAAAUAAUGAUCUUGCAGGAAAGGUAGAAGAUCUGACCAAGAAAAAUAAACAACUUGAAGAUGUUGCAAACAAUUUAAUUAAUGAUUGUGAGAAUUCUGCUGUGAUAGAUCAGCUGAAAAGUAAAAUAAUAAUCCUAGAGACCAGACUUGAAGUACUCGCAAAGAAUGCUAAAGAUCCUUUUGCUGAAAUUGAGGAGUUGGGAGAUAAAAGUAUUCUUCUGUCCCAUCAACUUCACAAGGUGCGUAGUGGCGAGCAAUCUCUACUGGAAACUGAAGCUGGCCCAAGCACAGUCUCCAAGACUAAGGUAGAAAAUGAAGGAGAAGAUGCAGCAGCUAAAGAUGAUGACAUCGUUGAGAUUCCUAUUUCAUGGAAUGAGCUAAUGCUGACGAAUAAUGAGCUAAAAGCCGAACUUUGUCAAAGAAAGAUAUGGCAAAGAAGUCUAGAGGAAAUCAAUAAAAAGGUUGAGAAAAAAAAUGUUGAAUUAGAAGCAGAAAUGCUACAGCUAAAUUCCAAACUUAGGAUCCAAGAGAACAGUCAAGAACAGAUAAAAAAGUCUGGAAUUGACGGUGAGGCUACAGUUGGAAAUAUUAGUAAUCAGUUGAAACAUGAACAAGCCAUGUAUCUAAAACUUUCUACAAAACACAGAAAUCUGUUGAAUGACAUGAAUAAGAUAACAUCAGAAAACGCAAAUCUGUUAGACAAUAUUGAGAAAAUUAGGACGGCUAAUUCGGAUCUUGAGGCUAAGAUCAGAGAUAAAGAAACUAUGAUUUUGGAGCUUGACACUGAGGUUGAACAAUUAAAGAGGAUAAUUAACAAAUCCAAAAUAGAAGAAUUAAAUAAGAUGACAAAUAAGGAGCUAGAUGAAGGGAAUGAAGAGGGAGCAAGAAGAAAGAUAUCUGAGCUUGAAGCUGAGAUAGUGCAACUCAAGGAAAACAUCAGGAAUCAAGAAUCCUUAAUUCAUGAAACGAAUAAAAGAACUGAAGAGCUAGAGGAACUGAGAAAAGAGAAAAAUCUGGUAGUGGAGCUUAGAGCUAAAAUCAAGAUUCAGGAAUCUGAAAUUGAGGAAAUAAGGAGAGCUAAGGACCAGAAUAAAGGUAAUGAAGAGCAAGCAAGAAAAAAUAUAUCCGAACUUGAAACUGAGGUGGCACAACUCAGAGCAAAAAUUCAGAUUCAAGAAUUCAAAAUGGUCGAAAUGAAUAAGAGAAGUAUGGCGCUAGAGGAAGAGAGUAAAGAACUAGCAAGACUGAAGGCAUCGAAUCUGGAAAAUGAAGUAAUGAAACUCAAAGAAAAAAUUAAGAAUCAAGACUUAGAAAUUGAGGAAGUAAAUAAUAGAGCUAAGGAGCUAGAUGAAGAGAAUGAAGAGUUGGCAACUAAAACUGGUGUAAUGGAGUUUGAAAAUGACAAGUUAGCCACCAGAAUAAAAGAGCUACAGCAGAAGUUGAAUACUGAGGAAAAUACCUGUUCUAAACUCCGUCAAAGUGCAACAAAACUUCAAGAAGAAUUGAAUGAGAAUAACAAGCAGCGCAUUAAGGAAGUGUCUGCAGAUCGAGACCUUCUUCAUCGUCUAGAGGAGAUGUGCACUCAACUCCGUCAAAACACAACCACACUGCAGGAGGAAAUAAACGAGAAGAAUAAGCAACUUGCUGAAAUGUCAGCUAAUCGAGACCGUCUACACCAAUCAGAAGAAAACUGUACUCAACUCAGACAAAAUACAAUUAAACUUCAAGAUGAAUUAAACGAUAAGAACAAGCAUAUUGAGAAAGCUUCUGCUGACAAAGACCGUUUAGAGAAAGACCAUCAGAGGUUAGAGACUGAGAAAUCUCUUCUGCAGUCAAGGUUAGAUGCUGCAGAAUCAAGGUUAAAGAAAGAGAAGAAAUCCAGAGAAAAUAUAAAAGAGCAGAUUGAUGAAAUCGAGCGUCAGUUUGAACAUGAGAAAAAAGUUCUUUCCAUUGAGGUUGCCCAGCUAAAGCUGAAUAUUGAAACUAAAGAUCAGACUGUUAAAAAGGAAAUUGUACGUAGUAGCAGAUUAAAAGAACAACUGAGUCGGAAUGAUUCAGCACUACAGGACGCGGAGAAACGAAUUUCAGAAAAAGAUAUUUUAAUCAAGAAGCUUGAAGAGAAAAUAGAGUCCGUGAAUACCAGAUUAGCGAAUCUUGAGUCAGUAAAGCUGGCCAAACCCGAGACUCAGGCUAAGGAAGUUCAAACACCUCAUUGUUCUGAGACAGUUUCAGAAGCUUCUGCCAGACAAUUAGGAGACGGAGGGGAAACUAUAGAAGCAAAGGAAACUAGGGGAACAGAACAAGAAGAAGGAUCUAAGGAAACGAGGGAAGGAGUAAUGAAGAGAAAGCUUGAUGAAGACUUGGAAGAGGAAAAUAAGAAAUUAAGGAAAGAAGUGAAACGCCUUCGGCGCACAGUGCAUGCUUUGACAGUUAUUGAUGAAGAUGAAGAGGAACACAAUGAUGUUAAAACGGAGGUGAAGUUUGAGCCUGAGCUAAAAGUUGAUCUGUUAUUGAUCCAGGAGAUGGAGAACAUCCAGGAAUAUGAUAAUCUUCCAUUGCCUGAUCAGGAUCAGGACCAGCUUGGAAUCCUCGAAUCCCUGGAACCUGGACACUGGAAUCCUGAAGACCCUACUGGCCCUGAAAUCGUUGCUGGUUCUGAAACAGCUGCUGGAUCAGAUGCCGUUGGUGGACAGGAAGUUAUUGCCGAACUGGAAGCUGCUGUCGAACCGGAAGCUGCUGUCGAACCGGAAGUUGCUGUCGAACCGGAAGCUCCAGUCGAACCGCAAGCUGCUGUCGAACCAGAAGCUGUUUCCGGACCGGCAGCAGUAGAAGACUCUAUAGAAAUUACAACUAACAAGUUCUCUGUAGAUUUACAAAACCAAUUUAAGGCGUUAGAUCCCAAAUGCAAGGAGAAUUGUAUUAGGACAAGUCCUGAUUGUGCUGCUUGUAGGAAAUUUAUCCGGUCAUCUAAAAGAAAACUAAUCAAAGCAAGUCCUAGUCUAGCUGUGGAGACACAAUUACCUAUACUAUCUGUUCACAAGGCCAUAAACAUGGCUUUGAUGGCACAUUUUGGAUUUUUGCCUAAUUCAACAAUACACUGAUGGACAGAUUUACACAUCUAAUUGUUGUUCUUUUUUUUAACAAAAGUUUUUUUGUCAAAUACUUACUUUUACUAGUACUUGAUUAAAAUUAGUUUUAAACAGUUGGAUUUCAUUUGGAUAUUUUUAAACAUGAAAGUAAACUCUUCACGUUAAAAUGUCAAUUUUUUAGUAGUGUAGUCUUCCAUACUUGCUGUUGCAUUUAUUGCUUAACAUGUGAUACAGUUAUAUUUUGCUAAAACAAACAUUUUUUUACGGAAGACAUAAGGGUGCAUGAAAAUUAGAUAUGUGAUAAUGUUGAAUUUAAUCGAAUCAUGAUAUUCGACGCAUUUACCAAUAUUUUUUUAAUGUAGAUAUUGUGUGCUCUUAAUUUGUAUCCGGUCUUCAAAUAUUGUUUAGUAGCAAAAAAACAUAAAAUUUCCAGUGAUUAAACAAAAGAAUUUAAGGAAUCUCAUUCAGAUAUUGUUCUCAUUUUCAUUUAGUUUUUUUUAAAUUUUGUUCGUUCUUCCAAGCUUGCAUUUGUUUUUAAGCAGUAAACAAUACAGUUGUUGUUAGAAGGUGAAAAUCUAAUUUUCUGAUGUGUAAUCAAACAAAAUCUAUUUGGUUUUACAAGUCAUUGAUUAAACUAGGAGAGGGUUUGCAUUCAGCUGAAUUUCAUCUUUUUAUUUUUUUUAAACAAGUUUUUCCUUCGUUGUGCUUAUCUUUAACAUUGUUUGAUUAUUCAAAUACUUUGCGCCAUGCACUUGGUGAUUUUUUGGAGUUCACUUCUUUUUUGAUAAUACAAUUAAUUUCAUUAAUACAGAAUUCUCUAGUAUAAUAUGUUUUAUUUGCUUUAAUUGUUUGAACAAAAGGAGAAGAACAUUUUUGUAUACUGUUAC